AUGAGAACCCAACCUACCAUCAAGGAACAAUUAGAUGGUUUCCCAUUUUUUCAAUUCACGAUAUUAUGCAUCAUUAGGCUAGCCGAGCCGAUAGCUUUUGCCAGUUUUCUUUCGUACAUCUUUUUCAUGAUCAAGAGUUUUCGAAUAGCCAAGACCGAUGCUGACGUUUCGCGAUAUACGGGGUACCUUGCUUCCGCAUUCUCAAUCAGCCAAUUCUUGACCUCUGUUCGAUGGGGCAGGGCCUCGGACAGGUAUGGAAGAAAACCAAUGAUAUUGCUAGGAUGCUUAGGAACAGCCGUGUCGAUGCUUGUUUUUGGAUUCAGUGUGAAUUUCUACAUGGCAUUGUGCGCAAGAGCAAUGAUGGGGAUCUUAAAUGGGAAUGUCUCAAUAAUGAGAACAAUGGCUGGUGAAAUUGCAGUUGAAAAAAGACAUCAAGGUAUAGCUUUUUCAAAUUUGUCGUUAAUAUGGUCGUUGGGAAAAGCUGGAGGAUACUUCAUUGCUGGUAAUUUGGUUGAUGUAGACCAUUUUAGAAACUACAAAAGGGAUAAUCAAGAAUUAACUCUGGUAUCGAAAGACGUGCUAGCAUCGACGCCAACAUUAAAAACAACUCUAAUACCAACUGUGGUACCAAAUCUGGUACCGACAAGUACACAGUCACUGACUGGCUUAGGUUUGUUCAAGAAAUUUCCUUUCGCUUUUCCAAAUGUUGUGAUAUUUUUCAUAAUACUCAUUCAUACCACUUUUGGGUGGCUUUUUUUGGAAGAAACUCAUGAAAAACAAAGAGUUAAGAGGGACCGAGGUUUGGAAAUAGGAGAUAGGUUGAAGAAGAUUUGCGGGCUAAAAGUACCAGACAGAGAUUGGAAAAUCAGAAAAGAUGAGGCAUCUGAAUAUUUAAUUGGAAAUCAUAAUGAUUAUAGCGAUGACGAGUACCCAGAGGAGGAAACAGAUGACUUUGAGAUGCUGACAUUGAAUGCAAACACCAAUAAUAAUGAGGAAGAAAGGGAAGUGGAAGAGGAAGAGGAAAUGGAGGAACAGAAUAUAGGGGAAUCUCUUCCCACUCUGUCAUUGUUCACUUGGCCCAUUAUCUGGCGUAUUGCCUGUAAUUUCCUAAUUUCAUUCGGAAACAUUAUUUAUACCGAAUUCUUACCAGUAUUUCUUGCAAAGUCAGUAGAUGUUGAUUCCUUAAACCCACCGUUCCAUAUAAAAGGAGGUUUUGGGAUGAACUCUGCAAGCACCGGUAAAAUGUUAUCGAUAACUGGUCUUACAAGUGUCAUUGCUGUGAGUUUACUAUUUCCUGCGAUAAAUCAACGCUUUACUGUUCUUGAAGCAUUUAGAUUGGGCCUAAUUAUCAUUCCUGUGUUUUAUUUUGUUCUUCCAUUAACAAUAUUUACAAUCCCGCAAUAUUUGGGGACAAAUUACGAUAUAGCCACGCCGUUACUAUACCUCAACGGUUUUAUGAUCUCAUUUGUUGGUUCGAUAACAUUUUCACAAGUAACAUUGUUGAUCCACCGGGCAACACCCAAAAAGCACAGAGCUGUAAUAAACGGAUAUACAAUUUCGUGUACAGCCCUUGCCAAGUUUGUAUCGCCCUUGAUAUGGGGGUUUAUAAUGACAAAAAUGGACUUAAAAGGAUUAGGAGGUUUAAGCUGGUGGUUAUUGGGAUUUGUAUCUCUUGCAGCCUUGGGAGUUACUUUUCUUCUCAGUGAAAAUGAUGACCAAGAAGAUUGA